AAUGAAUCUUUCCCAAACCCAACUAAGUAACAGCCUGUCACCUUCAGUUUCCAUACUCAAACUCAACAUACAUAACCAACCACUCUUUCUCUCACUUUCUCAUUCAAAUUUCAAUUUCAUUUCAUUUCAAUUCUCCCAAACCCUAAUCAAUGGAUCCGUGCUCCUUCGUACGGGUCCUCGUCGGAAACCUAGCAAUCAAAUCUCCGGCAUCCUCAAAUCCAUCUUUCUCCGGCAAAGUUCACCCUUCCAGUUCGCCAUGCUACUGCAAAAUCAAACUCAGAGGCGUCGAUUCACCACCGUGCCACGUGGCAACCGUUCCUCUAAUUUCAGAAUCAGAAACUCACCCUCACUCUCUCGCCGCUAGCUUCGAUUUCCCCAAAUCGCAACUCUCCAAUAUUAAAAACCCUUUCAUCAAAAUCUCCGUCUACAAAACACGAACAAAUCCUUCAUGCGUUUUCAAUUCCUCCAAAUUAUUAGGUCAAAUUUCAAUUCCACUAGAUCUCACCUUAUCGGAAUCACGACCUUGCUCUUUUCAUAACGGUUGGGUUGCUCUAACCAAAAGCAACAACAACAAAACCGAAACUCAAACUCAAGCUCAGUUAUUGCAUUUAACUAUCCGGUCCGAACCGGAUCCGCGAUUCAUUUUUCGGUUCGACGGUGAACCAGAGUGUAGUCCACAGGUUUUCCAAGUCAAAGGAGACGUUAAACAACCAGUUUUCACUUGCAAGUUCAGUUUCAGAGAUAGAAACCCGGUUCAAUUUCAUGCUGCUAAUCAUCCUAUGGUAGCGGAUCGAAAAGGAUGGUCUAUUACGAUACACGAUUUAUCCGGUUCACCGGUUGCGUGUGCGUCGAUGGUUACUCCGUUUGUUCCCUCACCCGGUUCACAACGGGUCAGUAAAUCCAACCCGGGAGCUUGGCUUAUUAUCCGACCCGAUGGUGAUGGUACAUGGAAGCCAUGGGGUCGGCUCGAGGCUUGGCGUGAGCCUGGUAACUCAAACGACGUCGGUUACCGUUUCGACGUUCUUCCGGCCACCGCUGAUCCUGUUACUCUCGCCGCGUGUACUAUUAAUUCACAGCACGGAGGUAAAUUCACUAUUGAUGUUACGCCCGGUGUUACUCCGGCGAGUACUCCACAUGGAAGCUGGGAUCUCGGAUCAGGAACGAGUUCAAGACCUGGAUCUGGAUCCGGUUCGGAUUUCUCACUAGAGAAUCAGUUUUUCUACCGAGGGUUUGUGAUGUCAGCGAGGUUUGACGGAGAAAAAAAGUGUAGUAAACCGGAGGUGGAGGUUGGUGUGAAGCACGUGACUUGUGCGGAGGAUGCUGCGGCGUUUGUUGCACUUGCAGCUGCCAUGGAUUUGAGCAUGGAUGCGUGCAAAUCAUUCUCUCAGAAACUCCGAAAAGAGUUGCGGCAGUAGAUUCGGGUUUAUGUCGUUUUGUGUUUAAUUCAUUUGUCGUUUUGAGUAUCAUUGUUUCGGUUGUUUUUAGCUAACUGUAAACUUGAGCUUCGUUUUUUUUAAUUCUGACCGUUUUUUUAGGUUAUUUUGAGUUAAUAUUGUACAGUUGAGGAAUUACUAGUAGUUGUCAACUUUUUUAGCAUUUUUGUAUGAUUAAAUAUAAAGUUUUGAAUUUA